UAAAUCCAAGUCUAAUAAUAGAAAAAGAAAGUAUGAAUUGUUAAACAACAAAUCCUCAGUAAUAUAAGGUUGAAGUGUAAAAUAAAAUCUUCAAAAUUUGUAUCACUGAGAUAUUCAUCUGAUUUUUGUCUUGUACAUUUUUGUUCAAGUUGAUUAUUUUCAGCAUUCUUUUACAUGCAUUUUUACUAGUUACCUCAUCAUUUCUAAUUGGACCAUCCACUCUAUUUUAUUCUUUGUAUCAGAGAAUACUGCUUGCAUAACACAUUUUUUCAUUUGCUUACUCCAGCAAAAUCAAAACUCACAAAAGUUUAAGAAAAGAGUAAGGAAAAUAAGUUUACAUCACUUUGUGGUAGGGAAGUACAGACAUUUGUUUCCUAUUACUGCUGUAAAAAAUCACUACAAACACAGUGGUCUGAAACAACAUAAACUCAUUAUUUUACAGUUCUGGAGGCCAGAAGCACAAAUGACAGGGCUACAAAUCAGGGGCUUAAAUCAAGAUGUCAGCAAGGCUGGUUCCUUCAGGAGGCUCCAGGGGAAAAUUCAUCCUUGCCUCUUCUAACUUGCAGAGAAUGCUCAUGACUUCUUCCUUUGUUUUCAAAGCCAGCUUUCUAGUAUCUUCAUUCCUCUCUGACCUGUGUUUUCCUUCUUCCAUCUUCUCUUUCUUACUCUGAUCGUCUUGCUCCUCCUUGUCUAAGGACCCUGGUAAUUACACUGGGCCUUCUAGAUAAUCCAGGAUAAUUUCCACACCUCAAAAUCCUUUACGUAAAUCACAUCUGAAGAGUCCUCUUUGUCAUGUAAUGUAAACAUAUUCACAGGGUCCAGUGAUUAGGACAUGGACAUCUUCAGAGAAACCUAUUCAGACUAGCAUUUGCCUCUUAAGUGUUGCCCAACAUAAUGUAAUUGCGCCACAAAAAGUUGAUUUUGGUGAAAGAAGCAACAAUGAUUAACCACAUGAUUUCUUUCCAUAAAGUAGUGUUACGUAGUUUGUAUGACUUAUUUAAAAUUAGAGUAAGAGUUAUCAUUUUGUAUGUUUUUUACCUUUUUCCAAGUAUACUGCAGACGUGAACUUGAAUGGAUUUAGAGGUUAAAGGAAUUGCUGCUUCUCUUACAAAUCCAACUCAGCCGUUCUCUGGAAGAAAGAAGCUGCUGCAACAAGGACAGACUCCAAGAUCAUGGGCAAUCCAGAAUCCUAGUCUACCUGUGGUUCCACGACUUGAUUUGGGAAGCCUCAUUGACUCUGAUGAAGAGGAUGAUUUUUCACAUAUUCCACUUAGUACUGCGCAUAUUCAUUUUAACCCACCAAAUUCAUCUUCUGCUCUUAGUUGGGCCACACCAUGUCAGAUAUCACAUACCCAGCAUCAUCUAAAUGAACUGGAGCAAGACAUAAUACCUGAAAACUUGCCAGCACCAACAAGCAAAUAUAAACUAAAAUAUCAGCAAUAUGAAACUGAAAUGAAAGAGGGAUAUAAACAGUAUAGUCAGAGAAAUGCAGAAAAGACAAAAUCAAAGAUCACACAACAAUCUCCAAGAAAAAAGAUAGAUGACAAGUGUGUACAAGGUGAAGAAUCCAUCGUGGGUGGUCUUACCACUCUGGACAGGAAAGCCCUCUUACAACAGGGUUAUGCAGACAUCCCUUACAAUGCACAAAGUUGUAUGAAAAAAUCUGAUGCUGAAAUGGUGGCUGCAGAGAGGAAGAAACAGACUGUGGCAGAGCAAGUGAUGAUAGACCACUUAUCUAGGGCUGUAAUCAGUGAUCCUGAACAAAACCUACCCACUGAGAGACCAGAGAGCGCUCCUACCUUUCUAGAUUCAAAGACAGCGCCUCUUCGAUUUAGGAAAAGAACACUACAUGAAACUAAGAUAAGAACCCAUUCUACACUAACUGAAAAUAUGCUUUCUCAUAAAGUACAAUUUGAUGGUAGGAUCAUAUCAAGAAAUGGACAUGAUGCCUGCAGAGAGCUGGUUGGUUUCUUUUUUGCUCAUGACCAGUCCCUAACAAUUUAUGAAUAUCGGCAAUUUGGGAAAAAUAGAACAAGUGUGCUUCCUUUUAUUCAAAAAAACAUUUAUAGUCAUCAGUGUGGACGAAGAAAAGGAAAACAAUACCAACUUGGCGAUUUUUAUAUUGGUGCAAACUUGACAUUUUUGAGUUCUGAUCAUUCCAGUCUUCCAGAGAGCAUAAAAGAAAACACAUUACUUAUACUUCGGAUCACUAAUAUUGAUCAGAUAGCUUUGGAUUCUCUCAAAACUGAUUCUGUGGAGCCUGAGGAUAAUUUAACCAGUCAAGAAGCUAACGAUAGGCUUAUUUUAAAGGCUGUUCAAGAUGCACUAAAAGAACAGCUACACAAAAGAAGUGUUCGUAUUUUGACUGGAUUGGCAAAAUAUCUUCAACAAUUGGACAAAGAAGGAACUGGACUUUUAGAUAAGGCAGAUUUUAAGCAAACUCUCCAAGUAUUUCACUUAGAAGUGUCUGAAAAUGAUUUUGAGUCUGCCUGGCAAAUUCUGAAUGGCAAUGACAGUGGCAAGGUUGAUUAUGGAGAAUUCAAACGUGCCAUUAUUGGUGAAAUGAACGAAUACAGGAAAUCAUUUGUUCGAAAGGCCUUCAUGAAAUUGGAUUUCAACAAAACUGGCUCUGUGCCUAUUAUAAACAUAAGAAAAUGUUACUGUGCAAAGAAGCAUCCUCAAGUAAUUUCAGGCCAUUCCACAGAGGAAGAAAUCAAAUUAUCUUUUCUAGAAACAUUAAAAGAUGCCUGCAGCAAGUCUGAUGAAGUGACCUAUGGUGAAUUUGAAGAUUACUAUGAAGGUCUAAGUAUAGGGAUAGUACAUGAUGAAGAUUUUGUUAAUAUUGUACGUACUCCUUGGAGAAUUUAGUUUUUUAGAAUGAGUGUGUCUUCAGCACUGAGCCUUCUAAAGCGAGGUGAAUUGAAUGUAAAAUGUGGUCAAACCCUGGAAUAUAUUUUUCUAGGACUUCUUUUGUUUUUUGUUUUUUGUUUUUCUCAAACAGGUUGAGUCUGGUAGGAGGAAUCAGAAAAAGAGCUGAAGGGUGGUAUAUGUCUGGUCAUGUGCAUGUCUGAGUGUUUGCCUGACUCUAAGCGUGUAAAGCUCUAUCUUUCUGAUUCAUUACUUAUCUUGGAUAUGUUUUAAAGGUCAUUUUUUAAAAAUUUAAUUU